GAGCAAAACGACAGGAAAAGAAUUCCGUGCCCGCUCGAUCCAAAACACACUGUCUACGAGGAUCAACUGCAGAAGCAUUUGAAAAAGUGUAACUCAAGGGAGAAGCCAAAGCCAGUCUACUUCGUACCAGACAUUAAUGCAGGUUUCAGUGAUGGAACAGAAAUACCAGAAGAGCAGGUACCUAUCUCUGCUUUAUCCAAAGAAGAGCUGGAGAACUUAAUUAUCAAGCUGAAAAACGCAUGUAAGGGCCUGGAACUUCGCCUUGAGGAACAAAUACUGUCCCACCAGGCUUUGCAGGAAGCCCUGAAUGACCCACGGAAUGGGGAAUCCACUUUCAAACACUUGAAGCAACAGGCUUCUAUUUUAGGUAACAUGGAAAAACUACGUUUACUUGGUCCCGGAAGAUGUUUUGUUGAGUUCGGAGCUGGCCGAGGAAAGCUGUCCCACUGGGUGGAUGUUGCCUUAGAGAACGUGGAAGACGUUCAGUUUUUGCUCGUAGAAAGGGCAACUACAAGACACAAGGUGGACGCAAAACACAGAGAUUCCGUAUUUGAGAGGCUUCGAGUCGAUAUUCAGCACUUAUGUUUGAGUAAGGUACCUGUUUUGGAGGAGAAGAAACUGCCAGUGGUGGGAAUUGGGAAGCAUUUGUGCGGUGCUGCAACAGAUCUCGCUUUGAGAUGCUUGGUGGAGAGUUACACAACGUGCUGUGAUGGAGAGAGCGAAGAGCCGGCACCCAAACGCUGUCGGAAGGAUGAAGCAGAUGUGGCUUCCAACGAUUCUGCUGACAGCAGGAGGAACAAAGCCAGCUGCGUGCCUGUAGCUGGAAUUGUCAUCACGCUGUGCUGCCACCACAAGUGCGACUGGACGCAUUACGUGGGCAGAGAGUUCUUCCAAACGGCAGGACUCGGAGCAGAAGAGUUCCAUUAUUUUCAGAGAAUGAGUAGCUGGGCCACUUGUGGCAUGAGAGGAGCCGCAGCCUCUGGAAGCGAGGACCCAGCUGACGGCAGAGAGCAGGAGUGCAGCCGGACAGCGCAUGCUUCCCACGGGACACUCGCUGCGGAGGAGCGGAAGGAGCUCGGUCGCCUCUGCAAACUGCUGAUUGAUCACGGACGGGUCGAGUAUUUACAGCGCCGAGGGUACACGGCUGUGCUGCAGUACUACACGGAGCCUGCCGUGUCCUUGGAGAACGUCCUGCUGACAGCUGUCCCACGUCCAUCUUUCAUACCAGAGCCAGCCUCGUGA